ACCCACGACCUCGUCGUUUUCAAAUCCCUAGACCACCUGGUGAAUCGAUUAGAUAGUGAGGGUUAUUAUGGAGGCGUCCGAUUGCUGAUGGCAAUUUGCAAAGAAAACGAGAUUCAGUUAGAGCCUCGAAAUUUCACUCUCUCAUAUGAUACUAAUAUCCCUCGACAGACAGGACUUUCAGGGUCUAGUGCUAUUGUGUGUGCAGCCCUCAGCUGCCUUCUUGAUUUUUACAAGGUUAGGCAUUUGAUCAAAGUCGAGGUCCGCCCCGGCCUCGUCCUUAGUGCCGAGAAGCAACUUGGAAUUGUUGCCGGUCUUCAAGAUCGUGUUGCCCAGGUGUAUGGUAGCCUUGUUUACAUGGAAUUUGACAAGGAGCACAUGGAUACUUUGGGGCAUGGCAUUUACACACCCAUGGAUGUUAGUCUCCUCCCACCUCUUCACCUUGUCUAUGCCGAGAAUCCAAGUGAUUCCGGGAAGGUACAUAGUACGGUUCGUCAAAGGUGGCUCAAUGGCGACGAGUUUAUAAUAUCAUCCAUGACGGAAGUUGCAAAUAUUGCACUAGAAGGAAGGACGGCAUUACUUGAAAAGGACUACACUAAACUAGCAGCGCUCAUGAACCGUAAUUUUGACUUUAGAAGAAGCAUGUUUGGAGAUGAUGCUCUUGGCACUUUAAACAUAGAAAUGGUGGAGGUGGCCCGAAGGGUGGGUGCAGCAUCCAAAAUCACAGGUAGCGGUGGGGCUGUAGUCGUAUUUUGCCCAGAUGGUCCUUCACAAGUGAAGCUCUUAGAGGAUGCUUGCCAAAAGGCUGGUUUUAAACUUGAACCGAUACAAGUCGUUCCCUCUCUUCUAAAUGAGGUUGAUCUUCAGACUCUCACAAAAUAGGCGAGUACUUGGGGUCUUUUCACUUUUGUUCUUGACACCCUCCCGCCCUUCUCUCCCCGUCUCUCAUUGCUUUAUAUUGGUAAAGUAGAACUGUCAAUUUUUGGUAGAUGCUCCAUUAAUAAAAGGGAACGACUUUAAUUUGAUUCAA